UAUCUGAUUUUGGUCUUGCACGGACUGCACUGGAUGAGGAAAGCAGGCACAUUUCAACUCGUGUCAUGGGAACUUUUGGAUAUGUGGCUCCAGAGUAUGCAAUGACUGGGCAUCUUCUUGUGAAGAGUGAUGUUUACAGCUAUGGAGUAGUCCUUCUUGAGCUCAUAACAGGAAGAAAACCCGUAGACAUGUCUCAGCCUCCAGGUCAAGAGAAUUUAGUUGCCUGGGCACGUCCACUCCUCACUAGUAAAGAACUUUUAGAAUCUACUGUAGACCCAUCUCUGGGCCCUAAUUUUCCUUUCGAUAGCAUUGCUAAAGUAGCUGCUAUUGCUUCAAUGUGUGUUCAACCUGAGGUAUCACACCGACCUUUUAUGGGUGAGGUGGUUCAGGCCUUGAAACUAGUGUGUAACGAGUGUGAUGAAACAAAAGAACUGGGAUCCAGAAGUUGUAGCCAAGAGGAUUUGUCCAUUGAUAUGGAUGUCAGGAUUUGUACCAAUUUGGGUCACUUGCUUGAUCCUUUUCAACCUCAUUCUCCAGCUUCUAAUUAUGAUUCUGGGCUUGAUCUUGAGAGGGGGCUUUCGAUGUCAGAGUUACUCAGCGCAUCAACAAGAUUUGGGAGGCAGGAAUCUGAGACAUCUAGGAGGUACUCAAGUUCUGGUCCUUUGAGAACAGGAAGGGGCAGGUGGCGUUGGCAGAGGAUGAGGAGAUUGUCUGGAGACAGUAUGAGUGAUCAGAGGGUAAUAUUCAGUUUCAGGCCUGGAUCCCAUUAA